AACGUGCCUAGUGACUGGGGACUUGUUAUAUUCUGACGUACAAAAUGUAAUUGCAUGAUUCUGUUCAAAGUGUCACAGUUAAGGAAUCCCACACCAGCCAGCUUGUCCACAAGUCGUCGGAAUUUUCUCGUGUUGCUUUUACCUUCCGGAAUAAAAUUUCAACACGGCAAUUCCCGCAAAACCCCAAUGACGCAUCCAAACGAAAGUCGCUAGUUGUCUUAGGUCAAGAUGUUGAUUUUGGUAAUUGUAUCAGUGAAAGUAAAACGAAAUAUAACUAAAUCAAGCGAGAAAAACCCAACAGGGGGCCGUAUAUAAAUUGAUAACGACUACUCCGAGGUUAGUAUCGCUGUUUACACACUUUCACUCGCACUUUCUUGGUGUCGGUCAUUCGAGAUGCAUUGCCUUCUACAAUUUUGUCUCCUUGCAGCCAUCUUCACGUGCGUGAAGCCACAAUUGACCAGGAUCUCAGACGAGGCCAUUGAGUCCACGCUCAACGACAGGAGGUACCUUCUGAGGCAGCUGAAGUGUGCCACAGGUGAGGCACCCUGUGAUCCCGUAGGACGCCGCUUGAAAAGUUUGGCUCCGCUGGUCUUGAGAGGGUCUUGCCCGCAGUGCACUCCGCAGGAAAUGAAGCAAAUCCAGAAGGUCCUAGCCUUUGUUCAAAAAAAUUAUCCCAAAGAGUGGAACAAAAUCCUUCAUCAAUACGCCGGCUGAAGGCCAGGUGUGGGUAGAAUAACGAUGUAAAUCAUUUGCAUCUCAUUAUUUAUUGUAAUAGAUGCAGUUUUUUAUUGUUUAUUGAAGAAAUUUGUUCGUUAUUAGAAAUGACUUUGUUAUGUGAAACAAGUAGUCUAGUCUAGGCCUUGAAACUGCCUUUGUUAUUAAAACUGUAGCUUUAAUUUGGAACAAAUAAAACAUUUGGGAACACA